CGGAGCAUCUUCUUUGUACACGAGUAUUUCCACCAUGAAAGCUUUCAUUCUGCUGCUGACUUUGGCUGUGGCUCUGGCCGAUGAUCACCAUCAUCAUGAGCAUGGCACUGGCUAUGUGGUGAAGACCCAUGAUGAUCUGGUUAGAUUUCGCAGUGUCUGCUCCGAGCAGGUGCAUGCCACCCCGGAAGAUGUGGAAAAGUACGUCAAGUGGCAGUAUCCGGAUGAGGAGAAGACCCGUUGCUACAUGAAGUGUGUCUUUGAGCAGUUUGGCUUCUUCGAUGCCGAGCACGGUUUCGAUGUCCACAAGGUGCAUGAGCAACUGGCUGCCGGCAUUGCCGUGGACCACACGGAUGAGACGCACCAGAAGAUCGCCGCCUGUGCGGACAAUAAUUCCCAGGGCAGCGAUGCCUGCACUUGGGGCUACCGUGGAGGCAUGUGCUUCAUGCGCUCCAACCUGCAGCUCGUGCAGCACAGCGUCAAGGUCUAGACUCCUAUAGAGAUUACCCUGAUAAUUGCACACAAGUUCAAUUUGUUUUAAUUUGUUUUAAUAAAAUGAAUGCUUAUUUGUAA